UGUGAAGCUCUGAUGCGUUGAAAAAUAACUCCUUGUAAAACUGGAUUUGUACCAAAUAGGAGUGCCAUCACUUCAGUCUACCGACUUCAGCUACGCAUUGGUCGCUAUUUUCACCUCUGUCCCUCAUAAAGAUGUUUCUGGCCAAAAGACUCAUUGGUGGCAUCCUGGAUGUUGUGAGCAACAUCGACCCUGGUCAAUUUGUGCCAUCAGAUCCUCCCCCACCACGCAGACCUCUGGCCUACGCGGAGCAGAAUGAGAAUGACGAGGAGAGACAGUUACGCAAGGUGUUCCAGCAACUCGCUGGGGAUGACAUGGAGGUCAGCCCCACUGAACUGAUGAACAUCCUCAACAGGAUCAUUGGCAAACGUACUGACCUGAAGACUGACGGCUUUAGCAUCGAGUCAUGCAGGAGCAUGGUGGCUGUCAUGGACAGCGACAGCACAGGAAAGCUAGGUUUCCAUGAGUUCAAGUUUUUAUGGAACAACAUCAAGAAAUGGCAGGGCAUCUACAUAUCAAAUGACGCAGACCGCUCAGGGAUCAUCUCCUCACAAGAGCUUCCCGCUGCCUUCAGAGCUGCAGGCUUCCCUCUCAACGACCAACUAUUCCAGUUGAUCGUCCGCAGGUACAGUGACGAACAGGGCAACAUGGACUUUGACAACUUCAUUGGGUGCCUGGUGAGACUGGACGCCAUGUGUCGAGCUUUCAAGACUCUGGACAAAGAUGAUAAUGGAAGUAUCAAAGUCAACAUCAAGGAGUGGCUUCAGUUGACCAUGUACUCAUAAAACAUAAAGGAAAGCCUACAAAAAGCCUACAUGAAUCUCUUCAUGAAUCUCUCUCUCUCAUUUAAGAUUUGUAUUUCAUAUUACCAUUGUUAUUAUUGUAUACAAACGUUCAUAGUGGUCCUCUGUAGCUCAGCUGGUAGAGCACGGCGCUUGUAACGCCAAGGUAGUGGGUUCGAUCCCCGGGACCACCCACACACAAAAAUGUAUGCACGCAUGACUGUAAGUCGCUUUGGAUAAAAGUGUCUGCUAAAUGGCAUAUUAUUAUUAUUAUUAUUCAUACAUCAUUCAGUCAUGAAUGUUCAUUCAGUUUAUCACUAGAUGGCAGCAUUGCAGCAACACCAGGAAAGCACACAUUUACCUUCUCUACAAUAGGGCAAACUCAACUACAUUUCUAUAGUCCAACUAUAUUUUUGUUUUCCUUUAUUCUGGCAACACAUUUUUAGUCAAACAUUCCAUACUGCUAUGUAAUGUAAUGUAAUAUAUACAUUCUAGUGCUCAAUAAAGGGGCAAUAUUACCUCA